GGUGGAAUCGGUUCUAAUCUCGAUAGAAACGUAAUCCGUAGUGUUUAUGAAAUUUCUCCUGCCAUUUUCAAUUGUAUUAUCAAAUAAAAAUGGAGCGUUGGGUUGGAAAAAUCGCUGUUGUAACUGGUGCAGCCGGUGGAAUCGGUUUAUCCCUGGCUCGAGCCCUCAGUGAAAAUGGAAUGAUUGUCGUAGGACUUGAUAAAAAAAAGCAGGAAAUGCUGGACGAGAUCAAGAAUCUGGGCAUCGGUAAAGGAAAAUUUUACGCACUGAGUUGUGAUGUUAGUGAUGAGGACAGCGUUACCGAAGCUUUUGGCUGGAUCAAAAAAAAUCUCGGAGUCGUUCAAGUUCUUCUCAAUAAUGCUGGAUGCAUGGUCUUGGGAGGAUUUGCAGACACAACCCCGGAAAUUUGGCGGAAUAUUCUGGACGUUAAUUUGAUGGGCUCAAUCCACUGCGCUACAACAGCUAUUAAAAUGAUGCGGGAAGCUAAUCUCGAAGGACAUGUCAUUAACAUGAACAGCAUCGCAGGUCACCGCAUCUACCUGCACAAAAACUUAUAUUACAAUAUUUAUGGCGUUACCAAACAUGGAAUCACUGGCUUCACCGAGACACUUCAGAGAGAACUAAUGGGGCAGAACAUUCGGGUCACAAGUAUUAGUCCGGGGAUUGUGAGGACUGGCAUCAUGGGGACGGGUGAAGACAUGUCAACGCUGAAUGUACCGAUUCUCGAGCCCAAGGACAUCGCCGAUUCCGUGAUUUAUAUCCUGGGAACACCGCAGAGAGUGCAGAUCGUGGAGUUGACUAUCAGACCGUUGGGAGAAGACGCGUCCUGAAUAUUUCCUCCUAAAAAUAAUCCCGUACAUCCGGAGAAUCAAUUUUUAUUCUCACAAAAUUUGAACAUCAUAAUUCGACACGUUCAAAAAUAUUUCAAUCCUUCAAAAAUCAGAAAAUAAAUUCAAAAAUGAAACUUGACUUUUCUGGAUGUAAUUGAAAUAAUCUGUUAUCAAUUUUCAAAUAACUUCACUCCAACUGAUCAUUUGUUGGAUCGGAAAUGACGAGAUGUACGACAAGUCGAAUAAAGCUAUUGUUAAGAUGA